GCUUCCUCAACGUCCAAUCAUCGCGCGCGUGAACUUGUAUUCGAUUAUUUGUGACCGAGACCAGGUGUCCUGUAUUAUUUUUUCACAACUUGUCUUUUCGCAGUGUAAACGUAAAGGUGAUCAUUCUCGAAAUUACGAAUUUGUGUACUACAGGCGUUCGUCGGAGAGCAACGCAAUGAAGGCGACGAAUUGGAUAUGCUGGCUGUUGGUCUUGUACGUCUGCCUUGUCGAAGCCAGGUACAAGAUCAGAAGGCCUCCGCUCCCUCCUCCGCCGCCGCCGAAGCUGGUCUACAAGAAAUCUUGGCCGAUCGCCCACAGAAUCUCGACAGGAAACACGAUGUAUAUUAACGGGAACUUCCCGCCGAAGCGAAUGCCGCAGAAACCCCUGAAUUACAGGGUGUUCAAUUACAGAAUACGUCGACCCCCGAUGUUCAACGUCCCAGCCACUGUCUGGAAGAAUCAAAUGCCGAUUCGGGUGCCGAUGAACAAUCACGUCGUUCUUCCUCAGCGACCACCCGUUAAAGAGUUCCAUACCGUGAACAAAAUGCCGGAGUAUAGUCCCGAGUACAGGCCGGAAGCUGCGGUUCUACCGCCCACGCAUAGAGGUAGCGUCGACGACGACAAAGGACCGAUUCAUACCAUCCCUGCGCCUAAUCUGAGCAUCAUGGACAAGCCUUUCAGCGGAGAAAUCGGCUCGCAGGAGACAAUCCAUCGACAACAGACCACUGAUCCUGCUUACAAGAUUAAUCCACACGGAUCGUUGUUACCAAAUUUCGACAUUGCUACGAUCAGCACGAGUUUGGCACCGCAGAAGCCGGUGACCAGUCCCACUCCGACACAUCACUACGAGGUGACCGAGAGUAACGAUGUUAAUCAGAAAGAUUAUCAAACCGUUCUGCCGACGUUCUUGCCGCAAGAUUUCGCGACGGGGCUUUCGACCAUAGUGAAUCCCGAUCUGCAAACGAACGACGUCUACCUGAAUCAACCAGCGUCCAAUAUUGGGCUAAUCGGAACUAACAUGCAACUGGGUCAGCCUAAUCUACCGAUGCAAACGAAUCUACACAGUUCUCUACACGUUGGCUUCCCGGAAACCGCCGGCCAAACGCCUUACAUCAUAAAUCAACAGAUACCUGAUUUACACGUUGGUCAUCCGGCGCCGGCCGGACCUCCGCUCUCGGCUACCCAGCUUUACGAUCUUCUGAACAGUUUCCCGCAGAAAAUGCCGGAACAAUAUCCGCCAGGUCAACAGCCGCAACUUCAACAGCACAUACUGCAACAGCAACUCGGUCAAAUCUUCCAACCUACCGGAGUAACAGGUUUCUCGCAGCCCCAGAUGCAAUCAUUCAAUUACGACGAGCAAGAUAACAAGGAGCAACAGCAACAGCAGGUUUUGUUCAAUCAGGACUAUAUCGCUGGACGAGUAAAUACGAAUUAUAACGUGGGACCGGAGGCUGCCGCGGAGGAACAGGAGGACAAUAAUCUGCAAGAAACCGAGGACCUCUCCUACGUGGCCGACACCUCGGAACAAGUGGAGAACAACAUAGAGUACGACGAGGCGAACGACCAAAGUCCACAAGCUACCUAUUUCAACAAAGCGGUGCACGACGAUGGUAUAUCCACCCAGUUUUAUACGACGCUGCCAAAUCGCGAGGCGGCUGAGAAAUUGGCAGCUCUAGCAGCAGCUGGGAACGUUAACAGCCAACUAAUAGGGAAACUUCAGAAGCAGCAACAGCAACAACAGCAGCAGCAGCAGCAACAACAGCAGCAGCAACAACAACAACAACAGCAGCAGCAGCAGCAACAGCAACAGCAGCAGCAACAGCAACAGCAGCAGCAGCAGCAGCAGCAGGAAAAUAUUCAGAACGAAGACACUAUUCCCUCUAAUCACAAGCUGGAAGAUUACGAUACAAAUGAGCAGAUCAAUGAGAAUUAUGAUCAUAAAUCUGGCCAAGAUCGGAUGAGAAAUCGACAGAAGCAAAGACUGCAGGAGCAGCAGUACGAGGAACGACAGGAAUACGACAGGCAGCAGCAACGCCAAAGGCAGAGUAGCAUGUACAGUAAUAAACGGCCUCUGAGAAUUAUGGUUCCUGAUGAGAACGAGUACAGUAACGGCGAAGUGCAGAACGAUGACGCUCAAGAGAAUGCGGAUGCUGACUACGAGUACGAGAACGAGGAGGAUACCGCGAAUUCGCAGGCGAACGGUAGAACAUCCGAGAAAUCGACGUCCGAAUUUGGAUCGCGUUUGAACCCGAAGGCUGCGGCUUAGUCCGCUGUUUUCACAGUACUCUGUAUAUAUCGUGAAUAUUUAUUAUAACAAUCGCCUAUUAUUUUAACCGGUUAGCUUCAGUUCAGGGUUUUUGUGUGAUUUACUCGGCGACGAGUGGGUUAACGCUGAAAUAGGGAAGUUGCGUGCAGUUUCUGCAAAGUUAUGUCGAUGAAACUUGUCGGAGAAAAAUGAUAUGUUAACGCGGGAUGUUUGGGAACAACUUUCGUCGACGUAUGCACUGGAAACGGCCUUCUUAAGGGGACGUAGUAAUUUAUUUGAGAUUAUUUAUUUCGCACCGUUGUACUCGCACCUGGUUGUAAGAAAGAUGGACAGAGGUUGCUUUUUUGAUUUACAGAA